CCACAACCCAGAACUCGGAGGCCCGACAAACAACCGGGGCCAAAUUGCGCACAUUUCCUAGUACAACACCAUAUCGUCCGCAGUUGCCGGCUGCUGCUGUGCGGAGUCUGGCGAUCCAGAGAUUGAUGAAUGAUCGCGACCUCUAGCCAGGCUUGGUCCAAUCCACCGCGGCCCAUACACACAGAACGAGCCAUUGUAGCAGACGCAAAAAGUAGCGUCAAACGCGUUGGCACGCGCCACACACACCACCACGCCCCAACUAACCAACCACUCAACCCAACCAUCUUUUUCAUUCCCAAUCCUCCCCUUACCACCACCACAACCCACAUAAAAAAAAGAACACCAACAAUCACGCCCCUCCCCACACCCCAUCCAUCGCGACUAAUAAUGUCCGGCUUCCAAGGUCCUUCCAGAGGCGGCUUUGGAGGAGGAGGAGGAGGCGGCGGAAGGCGGAGAGGAGGUCCUCCGUUCCCGCGACGGGCGGGUUACGACAGUUACAAGCCCUCUCACGACAGCAGUGCCAGCGCCGGUGGCGGAGGCGGCAGGAGUGCUAGACCGGACGAUGGGCAUCAUGGCGGCCGGGAUAGGGGGCGGGAGAGAGAGCUUCAUCGUGACCGUGGAUCCCGGGGAAACGACGGAUUCCGGCCGGAUUCCUCUACGCCCCAGAUCGCCUCGGAGUACCAUGUUGCAAGCCGCAGUCGUAGUCGCUCGCCAACCCAUCAUGAUCGUGAGCGUGAUCGUGAUCGCGACCGCCGUGAGCACGGAAAGCCCGAGGAGCAGCAGCGGUACGGUGGAGGCAGGGACCACCGUGACCGGGACCGCGGCGGACAGCAGCACGACGUGUAUGCCGGACCCGGGCAGCAGGACACAUAUCUCGACCAACACGACAUGUACCCGCCGUUGGAUCAGCGACACGACGAGCGCGCAGUGGACUCCCGUGCCGUCGUUCCCAGCAGGGCACCCUCGGGGCGAGACGACGACCGACAGCGCAUUGACAACCGACAGCGUAUCGAGGACCGACUGCGCGGUGACGACCGACAGCGCAUUGACGAUCGACCGCGCAUUGACGACCGACAGCGUAUUGACGACCGCCAGCGCAGCGUAUCACCCUUCACUGCGCGCACACUACUCCACAAGCAAUCGUCUCACAGUCGUACCCGCAGCCACUCCUCCGAGCGCCCCAAUGGCAGAAACCAAGACGGCGUGCCGACGCGUCCUCGACAUUUUGACAACCCAGACGUGGUCGAGCCCGCUCCACGGACGCGCUCCGCACGCCCCCCAUUCCACCCCCGCCAACGUAAUGUCAAAGUCGCGCGCAGCAAGGAGACCUCCGAGGCGGGGUACGCGGCCAUGGCGGAUCUGUACGGCGGCGCUACGCUCAUCAAGCUGGGCAACGAGAGGGGCACUUACGCGUACAUACACUUUCAUACCCACCUGGACGCCCAAAGAGCUGUGGACGCCCGCUCCGAUACCAAUUGGUCCUCGGUGGUGGUCAAGGAGGGGGAGGAGGACGGUGGAAUGCACGAGGCUGUACUGGUAUGGGGCCGCCAGAAGCGGGGCGGCAACGCGUUCAGGAACCUGGGAGAGUAGAAGUCUUGCUGCCCCCCUGGGCAGCGAAGGUGAUGUGGAGAUCUGGAGAUGAUAGUGGAGUCGAGUCUAGUCGAGGAUAGGAUAGUUGAUGAGAGUGUAGACGUGUGCGUGUGCGUGUGUAUCUUUGUGUGUGUGUGUGUGUGUGUGCGUGUUUGAUUGCCGUGAUGUAGAGGCGACAUCUCAUCUAUCAGUUGUGGCGGGCGAGGAUCAUUACCUAGAUCCCGUUUUUUGGUUUUGUCCAAGCAUUGAUUGCAUACGACCUAUCUAGAUCGUGGAAAUAUCCGCCCAUACACCC